AAAUAACUCUCUUCGCCGGAAGCGCGACAAAUGGUAAAACCGUGCUGCGGCUUCGUUUAUCUCUCCACAAAACAAUUAUUUCCCACGUUAGGAUUUCGAUUUUUUUGAAAAUAUUGGAAGUACAUUUUUUGAAAAACCCUACGUAUUUCACAGGGCACGAUCUGGCAACGCUACACUCGUCGCUAUCGUAGUCGCCUGCGAUCGCUGCGGCCGUCGUCAGUUGGCUGACGCGAGCCAUGGCCGCCGUUGAUGCUAAGGAUCCGGGCACGGCCACCUUCUUUACUCACGGCACCUGUCAACAAUUCGAGCAAGUGCUCAAGUUGUACCCGCAAGCUAUCCGUCUGAAAGCGGAUAGGAAAGCGAAGAAGCCGGAGGAACUCAUCAAACUAGACAACUGGUAUCAAAAUGAAUUGCCCAAAAAGAUAAAAUCGCGAGGAAAGGAUGCUCACUUGGUACAUGAAGAAUUAGUACAGUGUAUGAAAUGGAAACAGAUACGAGGAAAAUUUUACCCACAGUUAUCAUAUCUUGUCAAGGUGAAUACACCAAGGGCAGUUAUGGCAGAAACGAAAAAAGCAUUCAGGAAAUUACCUAACUUAGAACAAGCUAUGCAGGCCUUGUCAAACUUGAAAGGAGUGGGGACCACUAUGGCAUCUGCUCUGCUGGCAGCCGCAUGUCCUGAGAGCGCGCCAUUCAUGGCCGACGAAUGCCUGAUGGCCAUCCCAGAUAUCGAAGGCAUCGACUACACCACCAAGGAGUACCUGAGGUUCGCGCAGCACAUCGUCGCCGUGGCAGAGAGACUGAACUCGGAGGCGGAGCGAUUGAACGGGGGCGUAGAUGAAACGGCAGUACCAGCGACAGAUGACGCUGCGGUGGCUGACGCUGAGGCCGCGAAGGUAGCCGAAAAACCGAAAACUCCCGAAGCGCAAAGGUGGUCGCCGCAUAAGGUGGAACUCGCGUUGUGGACGCAUCAUGUUGUGCAGGAACACAAACCUGAACUCUUAGCCAGUAUCUUCGCAGGAACGCCGCUCGAAAACGGCAACGUCCCAAUAACGAAACCUCUGAGCAACGGGGACGCGUUGGCAUCCGACCCCACGACGUCCGACGAAAGCAAUCAGGGCCCCCCGUUGAACGGGAAAUCUGCUGCUACCGGCGCCACUGUCACCUCAGCGACAGCUGUCAUCGACGAAGACACGACGACGUCAUUCACGACAGACGACGGACCGCCCUCUAUAGGCAUUGGAGAGGCCACCGUUGAAGGAGAGGAGACAAAUGACAGCGUCGUGUCCAUUUCGGAGGAUACUAAGGACUCAAUCGUAUCCGAAGAUUCCAAUAGCUUGGGCGAAUACACGAGCGGCAAACGGCCGUUGGACGAAGACUCGACGGGGGCCGCCUCAGAAGCCCCCCAACCCGCCAAAAAGAUCAGGGAGGAACCCGCUGCGGCGCUCACCAAGUGACGAAUCCGUAACUACCUUUAAUUCCUCCCCAAACCUGACACAACAUCCCUAACACUCCACUCUCCCUAACUUACUUUCGUCUUUUAUUUUUUUUAUUCUGGAUUGUAUGAGGUUAAGGAUAUGCGCGCAUGUGACGUGUUUUUGGACGCUUUAGCUAUUAAGGUUGUGUUUUUCAAAGAAUGUAUAAUUUUAUUUUAUGGCUAUUGUGUUAGCCAAUAUUUUUCCUUCAACUAGGGUACCAUCUUCACAAAAUGCUGAACUGUAUACUAUUUCUGGGAUAAUCGAGUAUGGUUAGUAAACAUCAACUUGUUUACUUAAUAUACUCGCUGUUCGGGAUGCGCUCAUCUAAAAAAUCGUAUAAAGGUUACUGACCUCGCACGGUGGUAUGGUGGUAUGUGCCCACGAGACGGCGUGGCGCUACUAGAAAGCGAUUGGAAAUACAUUACGAAUCCGGUUGUUUUCACUUUAGAGCCGUCAGAUGGGACACUAAAGGAGCCUGAAAGAGCAAACGAAUAGUUCUUGUGUAGUAAAAUUGCUGAGCUAUUUAAAAAAUGCCCAGAACAUGGAUCCAGAGGCCCUACAUUUAUUUACUCAUAUUUGUAGCGUGAUGCUUAUACCAUAUUUUCCUUAUUAUACAAUCCUUGUAGCUAAAGCAUUACCAAGCACAAUAUAAAUAUUUUUUGUUUGAUUUUGUCCAUUAAAAGUUUUUCACUUUUUGGGAUUUUUCUUAAUCACCCAUUGGUAGUCAGCUUGGACAAAAUUGAAUAGGCGGAAACAUCUUUAAAGAAUGGUGAAAUACCUCUGCAAAUCGAGACUCAUCGAACGAGAAUAAGUACAAAUCUGAGGAAAAAAACUUUAUUUAGAAAAUGUAUGAAGAUCAAGGUUAAAAUGAUCAUUGGGACACCAUUAUCUGUCCGAAUCAAAUCACAUACCGCGCUGGCCAAAGUUGUUUUUCCUUUUAGAUUUCCAUUUGUAUGAGUGAGAGAAGCGUUGGAGAGACUGCGCUAUAUAAGCGUUGACACAACGUUGCCUGGCAACGACAGGGGGGAGUGGCGGAGAGGCGACGUUGCUAAAUCGACUAGGGGGCAGGGCAGGGACCUGCUUGAUCUACCUUUUUUCUAGUUUGUGCUAAACACAAUCCUUUAUGAACUGAUAAUUCCGUUGCGUGGAAAGUGCAAAGUCAACCUACCUGACGUCAUUUUUUAAAAUACAAUGAUAAGGAAACAGAAAUUUCAACAUGUGGUUUGAUUCGAUCGGACAAUGGAGUCCUGUUAACAUGAAAACCACCAGGUACGUUUCAGGAGCUACUUUAAAAAUUACUAUUUUUUCAAAAUGAAAAAAAUAACAGUGACUUAAAAGCUACUUAAUUUUCAUUGUAUUAUUGCCAUCUCAGCUUGACAAAUUAACCAUAUUUAUAUUUUCGCAAUAUAUCAUAAUCGUACAGGAUCAUCUUAUUCUUUAAAGAAUUUUCCCAUUGUACGCAUUUGCAAAGUGUGAUUUAAUUUUUCUUCUCCAAAAAGUAUGAGUCAAUCGUUUCUACAAUUGUAGGACGCCUUUGUAGCCCCAUGAUUUUCAUAGUUCUUCAGAAAGGCGAUCUGUUUUGAGGUUAUGUAACAAAUAUCUAUUUGCUUUAAAUUCUCCAUGCUUUUGAUUUGUGUCUGUGUUAUCAGCCUGAAAUUUCCCUACAAUUCAAAAAUAAAACAUAACUAGGAGAGAUGCUGAGACGGAACAGUAGAAAUCUAGAAAUACCCCAGCCUUUCUGAAGGAGAGAAAAGACUAAGUGAAUCAAAAGCAUGAACAAUUUCAUGCAAAUAGAUAUUUGUAACAUAACCUCAAAAUGGAUCGCUGAGACGGAACAGUAGAAAACUAUGAAAAUCAAGGAGGCCAUAAAGGCGUCGUUCAAUUGAAGGAACGACCCUAAAUAGUAAUUUGAAAAUAGCUGGUCUGUCAAAAAAUAUUCCGUUUUCAACUGCCACUUGGUCGAUUGAAGGUAUGUGAAGACUUCUCUCCCUAUUUUGUACAUAGCUAAAUGGCUUACAUUAUUAUUGAUGGUACUUUUUGACAUGCAUCUAGGAUUUUAAAAUGUCAGGAAAAAUCCAGCGGAAAGACGUCCCGAAUAUUCGACUGCUCAAUGUGAAUAUUUGUUUGAACAAUUGAAAAUAGGAAACAAUAGCAUUUUAGUUAUCUAGUCUUUUCUACAUUGAAUUGAUAGAGCCUAUCCACACUUUGACUUCCAAUUUUUGUUUUUUUCAACCCAACGUGUUUCUGAACCUAACCUAAAAAAUAUUUGCAGUUGAUAAAUGCAUUACGUUUUGACGUCUACUGAGGAGUGAGGUAAACAACUUAUCACCAAGUGACAUCCUUGUAUUAAAAUCUGUAGUCAAUAAUGAAUCAGGCAUAAAUCGGGUAAAACUCAGGACCGUAUUUGGAGCUGUUUAUAUACAUCGUCAAAACACAAAAACUGUUUACCUUGUUUUAGGUAGGAAUACCUGACUUGAAAUAGACGCAUGAUCAUUAGCAGCCUUUAAAUGCUGCUAAAACAUGUUCGUCUAGGAUCAGAUUUAAUACACGUCUGUUUUUUUUUUAAUUUUUUUUAUUUCUUUUUCAUGUUAAGUUUUCGUUUAAAUAUGGAAGCGAAGUGUGGGAGUUUUCGGAAAAAUAAACCAAUUUUGACAACUACAUUCAUCGUUACUUACAAGUGGAAAAAGAUCCCGAGUUUUGUCAAUUGUUGUUUAAUUUAUAUUUACUUAUAAUUUUUGAUACUGUUCUCUAAUUUACAUCGUUCAAUUACCAUUGUUUUUUAGGAUAGCUUAAGUAAUUUAUUUCAUUCUCCUUUUUCAUGUGUAUCCCCCGACAUUACAGGCAUUCGUUUAUAUAUUACAUUCCAAUUAUUUUUUUUUUCUUCAAUUUUUCCCCCCCGCAAAUCUAACGAUGUAUUGUACUAACCGACAGGAUGUUUGCAUUUGAAGUGACAUUUUCAUCGCAUCUUGUAAAUAUUUGAGAGUAUUUUUAAUUUCAGUAGGUGAGCACCAUUUGUUAACCAUGGGUCUUGUAAAUUGAACAACAAAUCAAGGCAGCACAUUCUUGGUGUUUCCAGAUACUUUAUUUUUGGUUUUGACAGUUUGACAUAAGUCAAAAUUAUGCAAGCUGGAACCACCCAUUUGUGAGAAGCUGUGGGUAGGCAGCCCUAUUCUAUCUUGUAAAUCCAUUUUUCAUGAUGUUUGGACUCGAAAACCAUGUAACUUGAACAUCCUUUAGUGAUGCCUUGAUUUUUAUCGCGUAGUUCAUGUAUUCGCAUACUUCAAAAGUAAAUGUUCCCGCCCUACGAACUCGGUUUUAUGAAAUCGUGAGUGAACCAGUACAAACGUCUGCAAAAAAUGGCAACAAGUUACUUUGACCGACUUUGUAUUUUCGACGCGGAAAUAUAUGAAAAAUAGGAAAGCUCCGUUUUAUUAUAUUUAUAUAAAUAUAUAUUAUAUAUAGAGACAACAAAUAACUGAAUGCCUUUUAUCAGAUAAUGUAGACGUAUACACUUUUACAAAAAAAUAGCUGUUAAUUUAAAUCAUAUAAUAUAUAGUGAGGUGUUAUUUUAAAAAGAGUAACGGAUACUUUCGGGUGUGUAUCUAAUGUUUCCAUAGUGCGCAUCUCUACACGCUUUUCAGUUCAUUUUUUUUACUGGCGGUAUCCGUUAUUUGAUUAUGUCAUUGUAAAAAUAUGAUUUGUAGAUGAGUUUUGAGGUUUUUUGUAGGAUAUUUUCAUAAAUAUAAAUAUUUCACGGCAAU